AUGGGUUGGUUCUCUUCUUCGCCCACGCCCGCGCAACCUGCUGCAGGUACGUUGGUCUCGUCCCUCUACCCUCCACUCUACAAAUUCCCGCGCGACUACCGAGACGCAGGGAACCGGGAAGUACUUGUAAAGCUAAUAUACUCCGAUACAGUCACGCAGCCCUCAACGCCCGACAAUCUCGCCAGCUCGCUCAAACCAGCGUCGACAGCAGAGAAGACGGAGAAAGUAAAGCCAUGCUGCGUGUGCAAGGACGAAAAGUCGCGGCGGGACGAGUGCAUGCUCUUCUCCCGCGCCGAGGAUCCGCAGGAGGACUGCAAGGGCCUGGUCAUGCAGUACAAGGACUGCAUGGCUGGGUAUGGGUUUAAGAUAUGA